AGUUGACACUUGACACUUUUUGUAAAAAAACGAAAAUUACAAAAAUAUUGCGAAGAAACUUUAAAUUAUUUUAGAAAGAUAAUUUAUUUUUGAUAUAUUUAUGUCUGGAAUUUUAUCCUUUUAGAGAGAAGCAUAUAUUUUAUGUUAAGUGUAUUUUGACGUCUAACCAAUAACCCUAUAUGAAAUGAAAAAUGAAUAAUAGUUCAGAUGUUCCUUCUUCAUACUGGUCAGAGCUUCAUUGCUCCAAGGAUGCUUUAACGGACACAUAUGGGUGGUUCUUGCAGUUCCUGCUGGCGGUACUUGCGUUUACAUGUCUUAUUGGUAAACGAUUUUGUGAGCCCCGCUACGCUCGUCGGCCAUGGUUGAUCUGGUUUUAUGACACCUCAAAGCAGGGUCUGGGGUCGCUGCUCAUACAUGCUGCUAAUGUAUGGCUCUCUCCACAUCUCACUGGCAACCCCUGCACUUGGUACAUUGUUAACUUUAUGCUAGAUUCUACUUUAGGAUUAUUAAUAAUUUGGGCGGGAAUAAGACUGGCACAGUACUGUGCACGGAAAUAUGAUAUACCACUGAUUAACUUUGGUGAAUAUGGCAAGCCGCCGAUGUGCAGCGCGUGGGUGUGCCAGUGCGUGCUCUACGCGGCUCUGUCCACAUUCGCCAAGUCGAGCCUGGCGCUGGCUCUGAGACUGCCGGCCGUGGUGGCCGCACUGUCGGGCCUGCGCCUGUCGCCCUUCACGGACCCCAAGCUGGAGCUCGCGGCUGUCAUGCUGGUGAUACCGUUCUUUGUUAAUAUAUUUAUAUUUUGGGUGACGGACAACUUCCUCAUGUACAAGCCGCGCGGCGUUAGUUCUAAGAUAAAGACGAAGGUGAGGUACCAGUCCAUCAAGAAGGAGAAGUCAGGGUCUGAAGAUGAGGAGCAUUCCGCAGACGAGCGGCUGCUGGGAGCCAGCGUAUGACCACCGCCCCGGCCGCCUCGGGCUUGAGUAAUCUCGUAGGUAGGUGCAUAUUACAUUGUAUGGUUAGCCGUAGGUAUACUUACGUGGCCUGGCUAUGUUUACUGGUGCGUUUAGGUAGCGAUUCUUAAGCAACGACGCUGUAUCUAUUUAGUGCUGUCAUAUCAUACAUAACCUAACUUAAUAUUUCCUUAUUUUAAAAAUAUGUAUAAGAUAGAAAUUCUUUAUUCGGUGUCCAGCACCACACACCAAACUUUUAUUUAUACCGUAACUUCAGAAUCGCUGUCUAAACCUACCAAUCUAUUUACAUACAGAUUUUCGGUUUAACAGAUUGUAUGUACACUAGGACUGUAAAUUAUUAAAAUUUUAUUAUCUCACAGCUAAUUCAUAGAUAGAAAUUAUAGAAAGAGGUCAUAACUUCCAUAUAUUCCAUAAUUUAUGUUCGACCAUUAGACAAUGGGGAAAGUUCAAAUAAUAAUAUACUUAUAAGUAUUCCACAUGUCCAUUUAAGGGUAGAAAAACGUUGCUCGGUGGGGUGCGACAAGGUGAAAUCGUUUCAUUUUAAGAAAAAAAAAUCGCUAUUUUCCGAAUCUGUAACUUAUAUUAUACCAUAUCAACUGCUAGGCCAGUAUUUCUGGAAUCUAUAUUCAUACGGUUUGGUUUUAAGUGUCAACAAACUUCCCAAUUUCUGUAUUAUCAGGUAUUAUGCAAUCGGGCGUCUACAGAAAGACUUAUCUUAUCUCUGUAAAUUUAUCAAUGACUUCCUUAUUACUUAAUACUAUUACCGUUGGAAUUUCUACUAAGAACGCACCUAAUAAAUAUUUUACCGAAAAAGGGACAACCGAUUAAUCAACAAGUGAACUACAGCGACAGCGGUGGCACUUACUUGUCAUUUAAUCUUAAUAAUAUAGGUAAUCGGAUCAAUUAUUUUAUUUUAACUUGGUGACCGUAGUUUUGUAUGUAUACAGCCACAAAAAAGUAUACAAUAGCUAACGUGGAAGAAUUUUAUUUUUGUUAAUCCAAAUGCACUGAUGUGCUGCUUUCUCUCUGCGUUUGUAAAAUCAUUCCAUUUAAUAUUGGUAAUAUUUAAUGACUAAAUUAUUAAUAAGGUCAGUCGCCAUGAUUUGUACACAAUCCUUUUCAUGAGAAUCACAUAAUUUAUCUAAAUUAACGAUAGUUGUAUUUAAAUAACAUGCAGUCAGUUUUUGAAACGAAAGUAUGUUAAAGCAUACAUUUUUACCUAAUUUAUUAUUGUCUAUCUAAUACAGAGGUUUCAUAGAUUCUUAUAAUUAUGUUCCUAAAAUCGUAUUUUCGGGUUUAUUUCCUCCCGGCGAUAGUAAUACUUAAUAUUUCACUCUGAAGUAAAAUGGAAAUUAUUAUUGAAGAAGUUACAUUUGCUAAGGUGCCAUGAUUUUUUAUUACUAAACAAAAAAAAUUACAUCGAACUAAGACUGAAUGUAAUGCCAACUUUAAAAAAAACGCAGUACCUACCUACCUAUUUUCCAUACACAUUUUAUAUUUAAAUGUGUACCACUUUAUAAAUAAUAUUUCAAAUCUAAUCAUGCUAACAACUAAAUACUCAAUAAAAAAUUUAUUAAUAUUUUAUAUGGCCGUUCUUAUUACUCUAUAAAGAGUUAUGGUUAACUAUCUUAUACCUAUGUGUGUCAAAAAAAACGGUAGAUAGAUCUGAAAAGUAAAACUCAGCGUGUGUUUCACAAUCUCUGGAUAAGGGUUAUCAUAAAAAUGAUGCUGCCGCGAUCGCCACUCACGAGGAUGUCACUGCCAAUACUCAGAGAGUGACAGACAACACAUCCCUUUAUGCAGCUAUAUGCCUAUGGUAUGGAUAGGGUUCCUAUCGUAUAGAUAGGGUUCCUAUCGUAUGGAUAUACAUCCCUAUCGCACGGAUAGGGAUAGACAUUGUGAAAUAAGCUUUCAUUAAUAGGACACAUUUAGCUGGAUACAGCGAUACAUUUGAAGCAUAGAAGUAAAUAUAACUUUAUAAUUUGAAAAGUAACAGUAAAAAGGAAAGCAAUCAAUAUACCUAAUUAUGUGUUUCAUUCUACAUAUUAUUGGCCAUUUAGUUAAAUGUGAUCUAUUUAACUCUACGAGUACUUACAAGUGGUGUAUCAUAAUAUAUCAUAUCAUCACAAUUAAUUAUGCUGUACCUAUGUACCUACUAAUAACUAGUUAUAUGUAUCUAUAGGCAUAUUAAGUUGGGACACUAUCUGUAUAUCAAAAGAAUAUGUUUCAAAUCCGUUCUUCUAUUUGUACAUACUAAAAUUAAUUAAAUAAGUACGUUUGUAAGUACCUACCUACCUACAACUAUUCCAUGUCUCGUCGAUUUAUCACUUUGAAAAUAUUAUUAAGUUUAUCAGUGCUUAAGUAUAAAAUGCAGUGCUCUGAUUGGCUGAUUUGUAUUAAAGUUAGAUACGCUACUAAUCUGACCUGAAUGAUAAAAUUUGAAAAUCAGGUUAUUGUCGAUACCCUGAUCUUAAUGUAUAAAAAAACAUGUAAGUAUCAAAGUAACUUGUAAAUCUACGGUGGCCAUUAGAAUUCGCAUAAGUUAAGUCAUUUGAAUGUGAUCUAGUGUAAAUAAGAAAAUUUAAGUUUUGAAAAUUGCAUUGUACAUACCUAUACACGUCUGUGCAUCUGUUUAUAAAAUAAAAUAUGUUAAAAGUC